AUGGCCAGUCUAGAGACUGCUCACCCAGCCACGCACCCGAAAGAAGAUUCGGACGAGCCCGAAGUCUGGUCGGACGACAAGCACGGUCGAUCUGGCGAUCGUCACGAUCUCGAGAGUGGAUAUACUGUCGAUAGGGAGGGUGGUCUACCGCUGAGACAGCCUGCUCAUCCCGACAUCGAAGCGUCGGCAAACAGGAUUGCGGAAUCAUACCUGAACCCUGGGGCUGGAUCAAACACAAUUGCGAAGGAACCGGAAGGCACCACUGAGCUGGAGCAACGCUCCGCUGAUUCUGGGUCGGGUGGGACCGAUCCGACAGGUCCUCAGUCAGGCGCGACGACACUUCAAGACCAGACCAAUCUGUUACCGGCCAAACAGAUUAUCGUCGUAUUUCUGGGUUUGAGUUGCGCUCUUUUCGUCUCAUUACUGGAUCAAACCAUUGUCAGCACGGCUUUGCCUACACUCGGACGGGUGUUCUCCAGGGCAGAGAUCAGUUCAUGGGUUGCCACUUCAUACCUUUUGACAUCCACAUCGGUUCAGCCGAUCUACUCUCGGCUCUCAGACAUUUUCGGGCGCAAGAUCUUGCUCGUGUUCUGCCUCAUACUCUUCUCGCUCGGGUCCUUGGCGUGCGCGUUGAGCCAGUCAAUGAUCCAGCUCAUCGUCUUUCGCGCUCUGGCUGGAUUGGGCGGCGGGGGUAUUUUAACACUUGUGAUGAUCGUUGUAGGAGAUGUUGUCACACUGCGAGAGAGAGGGAAAUAUCAAGGAAUCCUGGGAGGCGUUGUAGCGUUUGCAAAUUCCAUAGGACCAGUCUUGGGCGGCGUGCUUACAGAGAAAGCGAGCUGGAGAUGGUGUUUCUGGAUCAAUCUUCCAAUGGCGGGCUUGGCGAUAGCCGUCGUAGUGUUCGCGCUGCCGUUGCGAUCGGUGCAAGGGGACAUCCGUUCCAAACUUAAGAAGGUGGAUUAUGCCGGCUGUGCUUUGACGCUGGCGUUCUCCGUACUCAUCUUGAUGGCGCUCAGUUGGGGAGGAACGACCUAUCCUUGGGACAGUGCUGGUGUCCUGGCCCCGUUGUUAGUGGGAUUGGCUCUACUCGGUCUUUUCAUUUUCGUCGAAUGGAAGCUAGUUCCUUUGCCCUUAAUACCUAUGCGCAUCUUCCGAAGCUCCACAGUCUCCGGCGCCAUGGUUGCAACAUUUCUUUCGGGCAUGGUGUUCUACGCCCAGCUCUUCUAUCUUCCGCAGUAUUUCCAGGUCGUCAGAGGAGAAAGUGCGAUCAGGUCCGGUGUCCUGCUCUUGCCACUGAUUGUUGUGCAGACGAUAACAUCAUUUACAUCUGGAGUCAUAGUAUCGAAGACCGGAGAUUAUCGUAUCAAUCUUUACUUAGGAUUCGGGAUCUGGACCAUCGGCAUCGGGCUCUUGACGACGAUCGGUCCCGAUACUUCGAUCGCGAAGAUAUGUGGUUAUCAGAUUUUGAGUGGAAUAGGCGGUGGCCAAACGUUCCAGACGUCCUUAGUCGCGAUACAAGCCGCUGUGAACAGAUCAGAAAUGGCAGUGGCAACAGGUGCGAGGAAUUUCAUCAGGAUGCUCGGCGGCUCGGUCGCUCUCGCUGCCUCUUCGGCUUUACUAAACAAUGCUGUCAAGAAUGAACUCUACCGGGAUGCGAACUUUCCCAACGAUAUGGUACGGCAGAUCGUUUCAGAUCCGACGCAAAUCAACGAUCUGGUCCUAUCGGCCGAGCAGAAGACCAUUGCUUUGCGUGGUUACACACAAGGGAUCCAUAAUGUAUUUUACCUCCUCUUGCCCUGCUGCGGCGUGUCUUUUUUCGUCAUCAUAUUCUUUGUCAAACAUCACUCUCUAGAACGUUCAGACGACGCUGCACUGAAGCAGGAAGGCAAGGACCGGAUUAAGCAGCGUAAACAAAAGCCCGAGGCGGACACAACAGGAUCAGGGCCUGGAGCUGGGACCGAAGCUACGGACAUUAAAUGA